GCCAUAAAUGUGCUGCACAAUUACGAUAUGGUGCUCUUUGAACGCGGUCAGCAAUAAAAAGCCAGAGAACUCAAGCCACUUUGACCUAUAUAGCCGGAGGUGUGAUUUUUGACCGGGUCACCCUGCAAACCGCCUGCAUCAGCCGGGGGAGGACCAGCGCGAACUCGCCGCGGCAUGAACAAUCCCGACACAGCCUGCGCUCUUGGCUUCCACUGAUACGUGCACUUGACUUUACACAAGAGCCGACACACCAGCGGCAGCAAACAUGUCUCGUUUUGUACCCCGUCUCUUCGCGGUCGUUUCUCAGCACGCCACAGCCAGAUCCGUGGUGUUACCGAGGAGGAUCCCAGCGUUCAUCCGCCCUGUAUCCACAUCUCAAGGCCUGCAGUCUCUCACCCGUUAUGAUGAGACUACAGACUGGCAAAAGAAACUGACCCCUGAGCAGUAUGUAGUCACCAGAGAGAAAGGGACUGAGGUGCCCUUUAGUGGGAUCUACCUUAACCAUUCGGAAGUGGGGAUGUACCACUGUGUCUGCUGUGAAUCUCCACUUUUCAGUUCAGAGGCCAAGUAUGACUCUGGGACAGGCUGGCCAGCAUUCAAAGAGGCUCAUGGGACAUGGGAGCGGGAUGAAAGCCACACCUCCAUCAUUCGUCGCCCUGACAACAGCCUGGGUAGUGCAGGGACAGAGGUCCUUUGUAAAAAUUGCGAUGCCCACCUGGGUCAUGUGUUUGAUGACGGACCAGAUCCAACAGGUCAACGUUUCUGUAUCAACAGUGUGGCCCUCACAUUUAAAGCCAGAGGAAACAACACACCUGACAAGCCUGAGGAAAACUGAUGAAUUACAUAGCUUGCCUAAACCACUGAAAACACACUUACUGUUUGAUUUUUUGCAGGUCAAAUCAAGGUCCAGGGGUAUGGUUUUGACCUGUACAGGAAUGGAAGCGGGAGGCCUUCUGCGGCACAAAAUGUUUUAAUGUUUGAAUUUAGGUGGGAAUUGACUUUUCCGUUUAUUAAAGAGAGAUACUGGAUUGAGCUCAGCCUCUUUGGAUAAACGCCCUGGAGAGAAGUCUACAGAUCAGCCGAACAUACAUUACAAGAUUCAAACAAACCCAAAUUCAAACUAUAGACCAUCAGCUCCUUCAGUCACUUGAUUAUUUUUCUAUUAUUUUAAAUUUUUUGUUGAUUUUGUCUUAAUUAUGUUUGUCCCUAAGUGUAGUUUGGAUGAGCAACUUGACACUUUAGUGUGGGACAUAGUGGCUAAACCACUGAUGUUACAAAAAAUCAUUAUGAUUGACUUGUCUUCAUGUCUGAAAAAUGUCAAAAUUCACUGUGCCCGAACUAAGAAGACCUCUUUUUCUGUGGAGAUUGCAAAACACAGGAAGUUAUGACAUUGCUGCGGUGUGUGUUUUUCCAUCUGGUGCUACAUUUGUAGAUCAAAUUGACUGAUCAUUUGUCAAUAAAUGCACAUUUUGUUCGUUAUCUGAAUCUAUGGUUACCCUGUAUGGACUGUAGAGUUUAUUAAGAUAUUAA